AUGAGCCCCUACGAUACGUCGCCUUGGGCGACGAGGGCACUAUUUAUAGUAGUAGCAUUAUUGGCACAAUUCACUUAUCCACAAGUACUCACUCCAUCGCAAAUCACCAUCUCCCAUCGCAAACCAAUUCGUGCCACGUCGACUUGUGGAGAGAUUCAAGGACAGCCGGUGAAUGAAAUCUAUUGCUCUUUGACUGGAUCCUCCGCCUACAACCCGGUAAACCCCUACUCGUACCAAAAUGACGAUGAAAGCAUCGUAUGGAACAAAAACGAAAAUGCGCGCGUGUUCGGUGGACAUGGCUGCGGUUUUUGUAACGCUGGAAACGAGAAUUCCCACCCCGCUUCAAACAUGGUCGACGGAAACAACAGUUGGUGGAUGUCUCCACCGCUCUCUCGUGGUCUUCAACACAACGAAAUCAACAUCACCAUCGAUUUGGAACAGGAAUUCCAUGUUGCCUACGUCUGGAUUCAGAUGGCCAACAGUCCACGUCCGGGAAGUUGGGUACUUGAGAGAUCAACGGAUCAUGGACAGACCUACAAACCAUGGUUCCAUUUUGCUGAGAACGCUGCUGAGUGUAUGAGACGAUUCGGUGUGGAGUCAUUAUCCCCGAUUUCCGAAGACGAUUCAGUCACCUGCCGUACCGAUCAAGCCCUUCUCCAGCCGUUGGAAAAUGCUGAAAUGGUCAUCAAGAUUCUGGAACAUCGUCCUAGUUCGUUGAAGUUUGCCACGUCAGAAGUGCUUCAGAAUUUCACCAGAGCCACAAACAUCAGACUUCGUCUUCUUGGAACAAGAACUCUUCAAGGGCAUUUGAUGGAGAUGAAUGAGUGGAGAGAUCCAACAGUGACUAGAAGAUAUAACCAUUUUCAGUAUUUCUACGCCAUCAAGGAAAUCAUGAUCGGAGGAAGAUGCGUCUGCAACGGUCACGCCGUCACUUGUGAUAUUCUGGAACCUCAAAGACCAAAGUCUCUUCUCUGUAGAUGUGAGCACAACACUUGCGGAGACAUGUGUGAGAGAUGCUGUCCAGGAUAUGUUCAAAAGGCUUGGCAACCUGCUACUGCCCAUAACAACUUCACUUGCGAAGCUUGCAACUGCUUCGGACGUUCAAACGAGUGCUACUAUGACGAACAAGUUGAUCUUAACAAGCAAUCCAUGGAUUCCAAAGGAAACUACGAAGGAGGAGGAGUCUGUGUCAACUGCAGAGACAACACCGAAGGAAUCAACUGUAACAAGUGCUCCUAUGGAUAUUUCCGCCCAGCAGGCGUCACUUGGGAUGAGCCACAACCAUGCAAAGCUUGCGACUGUGACCCAGACAAGCACACCGGAUCGUGUGCCGAGGAGACUGGAAAGUGUGAAUGCCAGGCUAGAUUCGUCGGAGAGAACUGUGAUCAGUGUGCUCUUGGAUACUACGAUCCACCAGAGUGUAAACCAUGUGAAUGCUUCGUCAACGGAACUGUUGGAGAUGUUUGCCUUCCGGAAGAUGGGCAAUGUCCAUGUAAGCCAGGAUUUGGGGGAACUUUCUGUGACACUUGUGCCGAUGGCUUCACCAAUGUGACUGCUGGUUGUGUCGAGUGUGUUUGUGAUGCUACUGGAUCCGAACAUUCGAAUUGCUCAGCUGCUACUGGACAGUGCGAGUGCAAACCUGCUUACGCUGGAUUGUCUUGUGAUAAGUGCCAAGUUGGCUACUUUGGAGAUGAUUGUAAAUUCUGCAACUGUGAUCCAAUGGGAACCGAAGGAGGAGUCUGUGACCAAACAACCGGGCAAUGCCUCUGCAAAGAAGGAUUCGCCGGAGACAAAUGCGAUCGUUGUGACAUUGCCUAUUACGGAUACCCGAACUGCAAAGCUUGCGCUUGUGACGGAGCUGGUAUCACUUCUCCGGAAUGUGACUCCACUUCUGGACAGUGUCCAUGUAACGGAAAUUUCACUGGAAGAACUUGUGAUAAGUGCGCCGCCGGAUUCUACAACUAUCCAGACUGUCGUGGAUGCGAGUGUCUAGUAGCUGGAGCCAAGGGACAGACCUGCGACAACCAGGGUCAAUGCUACUGCAAGGGAAAUUUCGAAGGAGAACGAUGUGAUCGAUGCAAGCCAAACUUCUACAACUUCCCAAUUUGCGAAGAAUGCAACUGCAAUCCAUCUGGAGUGACACGUGACUUCCAAGGAUGUGACAAGGUUUCACCAGGAGAACUUUGCUCUUGCAGAAAACACGUCACUGGAAGAAUCUGUGACCAAUGUAAGCCAACUUUCUGGGAUCUCCAAUACCACCAUGAAGACGGAUGCAGAAGCUGCGAGUGUAAUACUAAUGGAACCAUCUCUGGAUUGAACACCUGUGACUUGAAAUCCGGACAAUGUAUGUGUAAGAAGAACGCUGCUGGAAGAACUUGCGAUCAGUGCGCUGAAGGAUUCUACAGACUCAACAGCUACAAUCAACUUGGUUGUGAAUCUUGUCACUGUGACAUCGGAGGAGCUCUCAGAGCUGAAUGCGAUAUUAACUCGGGACAAUGUAAGUGCCGUCCAAGAGUCACUGGACUCCGAUGCGACCGUCCAAUUGAAAAUCACUACUUCCCAACGCUCUGGCACAACCAAUACGAAGCAGAAGACGCUCACACCGAAGAUCAGAGACCUGUCAGAUUCGCUGUGGAUCCAGAACAAUUUUCUAACUUCUCAUGGAGAGGAUAUGCAGUCUUCUCACCAAUUCAAGAGAAGAUCCUCAUCGACGUGGACAUCGCCAAGGCUAGUGUCUAUCGUCUCCUCUUCCGUUACCGUAAUCCAACACCAGUUCCAAUCACUGCUACCGUAUCUGUCGCUCCAAGAUUCACCCAUACCCAUGAUGUUGAGCAAUCUGGAAAGGCCACAUUUGCACCUGGAGAUUCGCCAGCCAUGAAGGAGAUUACUGUAGAUGGAAAGCCAUUCGUGUUGAACCCUGGAAAGUGGUCGCUUGCGAUUUCCACCAAGCAAAGACUCUUUUUGGAUUAUGUCGUUGUUCUUCCAGCUGAGUAUUACGAAGGAUCCGCUCUGAGACAACGUGCUCCACAACCAUGUCUCUCUCAUAGCACGAAGAAUACCACUUGUGUAGAUUUGAUCUACCCACCAAUUCCAGCCAGCUCUCGUGUCUUUGUAGAUAUGGAGAAGGUUCCAUUCAACUAUGUCAAUGAAGAUGGAUCUUUGACUCCUUUGGAGUUGGUUCCAGUUGAGAUUCUUCCAUCGGAAAUCACUGGACCAGCUGGAUUCAUCAGAGCUGAUGAGAAUCCAAGAACCGUGGAAGCCAAGUUGGAUGUUCCAGAAACUGGAGAAUAUGUUGUGGUUAUUGAGUAUCAUAACAGAGAAGAAACCGAUGGAAAUGUUGGUGUUGGAGUUAGCCAAGGAUAUAAGGAUGUGAUGAAUGGAAAUGUGGUGAUCCAUCACUGCCCAUACGCCACUUUCUGCAGAGAACUCGUCUCUUCUGAAGGUACCAUUCCAUUCAUUCCACUCGAGAAGGGAGAGGCUACUGUAAGAUUGAACAUCAAACCAAAUCAUGAGUUUGGAUUAGCUGCUGUUCACUUGAUCAAGAAGGAGGAUUUUAGUUCGGAGUACUUGCAACAGGUCCCAGUCUGUAUCCGAAAGGAUGGACGAUGCGUUCCACAGAGCUACCCACCAGCAUCUGAGUCUGUCGUAACUGAAGCCGAAUCUGGAUCCAACAUGGAGAAGUCAAUCCUUGGAGACAAACUUCCAUUCCCAGUUUCCAACUCAAAGGAGAUGAGAGUAGUCCCACUGGAUGAUGCUCAGGCCACAAUCGAAAUCUCGGGAGUAGUCCCAACCCGUGGUCACUACAUGUUCUUGGUUCACUACUUCAAUCCGGAUAACACGCCAAUCGACAUUGAUGUUCUGCUCCAAAACGAACACUAUUUCCAGGGUGACUCGUGCAACUCGUUCGCAUGUUGUUUGUUUUUUCUUCGCACUUCUCUUCCCCCGAAAAUUUCAAGAAAAUUCUUUUGCACUUUUUUAAAAUUUGCACUUUGCACCUAUUUUGAAAAUUUUUUCAAAAAUCACUUUUGCACUCUGCACUUCCCCUGUCCGUGCAUCCCGGUAUACCUCUAUUCUCCCAUUUCAGACAACAAAUACUCGUCCAGAUUCCUCUUCAACGCCACUGUUCCACUUGCCUUCUGCCCAUCGAUCAGUGGAUGCCGUGCUCUGAUCCGUGACAAGGAACGUCCAGAUGUAAUUCAAUUCUUCAUGGAUGACAAAUACACUGCCACUUUCUACCACAAUGCCAGCCAAAAGGGACCAAUCUACAUCGACUCCAUCACUGCCGUCCCAUACAACUCGUUCAAGGAUAAGCUCAUGGAGCCAUUGGCCUUGGAUCUUUCCAACGAGUUCUUGAAGGAGUGUUUUGAAGAGAAUCUUCGAAACCAUCCAGAAUCUGUCAGUGACUUCUGCAAACAGAAAAUCUUCUCAUUGACCACCGACUUCAACUCCGCAGCAUUGUCUUGUGAUUGUGUAGCUCAAGGAUCCGAAUCGUUCCAAUGUGAGGAGUAUGGAGGACAGUGCAAGUGUAAGCCGAAUGUGAUUGGAAGAAGAUGUGAACGCUGUGCACCAGGAUACUACAACUUCCCAGAAUGCAUCAAAUGUUCUUGCAACGCUGGUCAACAAUGUGACGAACGAACCGGCCAAUGCUUCUGCCCGCCACACGUCGAAGGACAAUCCUGUGACAGAUGUGUCAGCAACGCUUUCGGAUACGAUCCACUCAUCGGAUGCCAAAAGUGUGGAUGUCAUCCACAAGGAUCCGAAGGAGGAAACCUCGUUUGUGACCCAGAAUCUGGGCAAUGCUUGUGCCGUGAAUCAAUGGGAGGACGUCAGUGUGAUCGUUGCUUGGCUGGAUUCUACGGAUUCCCACAUUGCUACGGAUGCUCUUGUAAUAGAGAUGGAACUACUGAAGAGAUUUGUGACGCGACGAAUGCUCAGUGCAAGUGUAAGGAAAACGUUUACGGAGCAAGAUGUGAGGCUUGCAAAGCUGGAACUUUCGAUUUGUCCGCUGAAAAUCCAUUAGGAUGUGUCAACUGCUUCUGCUUUGGAGUGACUGACAGUUGUAGAUCCAGCAUGUUCCCAGUGACCACCAUGUCCGUCGACAUGUCUUCUUUCCUAACCACCGAUGACAGUGGAAUGGUUGACAACAAGGAUGAUACCGUACUUUACACUUCUGAAGAGACAUCACCAAACUCUGUUUACUUCAUUGUUCCAAUUGUCACCAACGAUUACACCACCAGCUACGGACUCAAGCUCACUUUCAAGCUGUCCGCAGUGCCACGUGUCGGAAAGAAGAAGAUGAACAGUGACGCUGAUAUCCGUCUCACUGGAGCCAACAUGACUAUUGAACACUGGGCCACCGAACAACCAACUAAUCCGGAAGAGCAAUUCACUGUCAAGUGCAAACUUGUUCCAGAGAACUUCCUAACGACUGAAGGAAAGCCUGUCACUAGAGAAGAACUGAUGAAGGUCCUCCACUCUCUUCAAAAUAUUACCUUGAAGGCUUCAUACUUUGAUCAUCCAAAGACCAGCACCCUCUACGAAUUCGGACUCGAAAUCUCUGAACCGAAUGGAGCUGACUCUGUGAUCAAGGCUUCUUCUGUUGAGCAGUGUCAAUGCCCAGCACCAUACACUGGACCAUCCUGCCAGCUCUGUGCCUCUGGAUACCAUCGUGUGUCUUCGGGAAGCUUCUUGGGAGCUUGCGUACCAUGUGAAUGCAACGGACAUUCUGCCACUUGUGACCCAGAUACAGGAAUCUGUACUGAUUGCGAACACAAUACUCAUGGAGAUCAUUGCGAGUUCUGUGACGAAGGACAUUACGGAAAUGCUACCAAUGGAUCUCCAUACGAUUGUAUGGCCUGUGCCUGUCCAUUUGCUCCAUCCAACAACUUUGCGAAAUCCUGCGAUGUGUCAGAAGAAGGACAACUUCUUCAAUGUAAUUGCAAACCAGGGUAUACUGGAGACAGAUGUGAUCGAUGUGAUGCCGGAUACUUUGGACAACCACAACAAGUCGGAGGAUCCUGUGAACCAUGUCAAUGUAAUGGCAACAACAAUUUGACUGACUCUCGUGCCUGCCAUCCAGUCAGUGGAGACUGUUAUCUUUGCGAACAGAAUACCGAUGGAAGACACUGUGAAUGGUGUGCUCAAUGGUUCUACGGAGAUGCUGUAUCUGCUAAAAACUGCUCUUCCUGUGAAUGUGACCAAUGUGGAUCCCAAUACUGUGAUAACAGAAGUGGAGGUUGUGAAUGCAAGACCAACGUUGAAGGAGAUUCCUGUGAUAGAUGUAAACCAGAUCAUUGGGGAUUCUCGAAAUGUCAAGGAUGCCAGGCUUGUCACUGCGGAACAGCCGCUUUCAAUACUCAAUGUAACGUGGAGAAUGGACAAUGUACUUGCCGUCCAGGAGCUUCUGGAAUGAGAUGUGAACAGUGUGAGCAUGGCUACUGGAACUAUGGAGAGCACGGAUGUGACAAGUGUGACUGUGAAUCGGAUCUUUCUAUGGGUACGGUUUGCGAUGUGAGAACUGGACAAUGCCACUGCCAAGAAGGAGCCACCGGAUCCAGAUGUGAUCAAUGCCUUCCAUCUUACCUCAGAAUUCCGACUCAUGGAUGCAGAAGAUGUGAUGAAUGCGUGCACCAUUUGAUUGGAGAUGUCGAUAACUUGGAAUUGGAGAUUGAUGUUCUGGGAACUGCCAUCGCCAACAUCUCAUCUGCAACUAUCGUUGGAGCUAGACUCGCAAGAAACAAGAAGGAGUUCAACGAUAUCAGCGAAAUCACUAAGAUGCUCAACGAUGAGGAGAACUCGUUUGGAAACUUCUUCGGUGAUGCUUCUGACAUCCUUACCAACUCCACUCAAAUUCUCCACAAACUCGUCAGAACCAAGAAUCACUCCAACAACUCUGCCAUCGCCUCCAAGAGUUUGACUGUCAACGGAACUGAAUUCUUGAAUGAUGUGAUGAAAAAAGCUCAAAGAGCUCGUCAAAGUGUUCGCAGUCUCGCCGAAAUCGCCCUUGCUAUCGGAUCCUCUUCCAAGGCCGUCAACGUGGAUCCAAGACUUUUGAGAGAAGCCGAAGAGACUCUGAUGUCUUUGGAAACCACUUCAGCUGAUCCAUACCCGGAGAAGGCUCAAAGUGUUCCAGGAAAACUGAAGGAGAUUCAGGAUAAGAUUCAAGUGGAGACUGAUAAGUUGGAGAAGCAAAAGGAGUCAUUCGAGUCCCAAAAGAAGAAGGCUGAGGAGUUGGCUGCGUAUUUGAACAGUGCUCAACAGUUGCUCAAGGAGUCAAAGUCCAAGACUGAUAAGGCUAAUAACGUCGCAAAGAUGCUUCAACUUGCUAAAGUCCAAAACCUCGUCGCUGCUAUUUCUGAUGAUCUUGAACGGGUGGAAACAGUUAAGGGAGAGUUCCAAAAGAUCAACAUUGCCAUCGGAAACAUUACCGAAAGUAUCAAGGACAACCGUGAAGCUCUUUCUCAGUCUGUCAACAGCCUGAAUGAAACUAGAAACGAUAUUGCUGAAGCCGUGGAAGCCGCAAAGAAGAGAGUUAGAAGAGAGGAGAAGCCAUUAGUUGAUAUGGAGUUGAUUAAUGCUAAGGCUGAGGAAAUGCGUCUUCAAGCUAUAUCACUGAGACAAGCAUUCGACAACAACAAAGCCGACUCUGAUCGUGCUGUGGAAGCUGCAAACGCUUAUUCCAAAAUUGCUGAAACUUUAUUGGACGCCAAGGAAAAGAUUGAUAGGGCCAUUGUACUUCUGGAAGACGAAACUCAGUACGCUGAAGCUGUUCAGAACGCGAAGGAUAAGCCAAUUCCAGCUGAUAUGAAGGAUAAGAUUGCCGAAUUUUCGAAGAAUCUUGCUCACGACGUGAAGGAAGCUGAAAAGUUGAAGAAACAGCUUGAACAGCUUACUGAGAUGGCUGAAAAGUUGAGAAAGAGAAAGGACGCUGUGAAGAAUAGAAUUCCAAACUACGACAGAACCUUGUUGGGCGGCCUUGAUAAUAAGGCCAAGGAGAUUCACGAAAUCAAAGCUGCAAUUGAUGCAAAUAUCGAAGAAACGCGUGCCAAGAUUUCGGAGAUUGCUGGAAAGGCAGAAGAAAUCACAGAGAAGGCUAACAGUGCUAUGGAAGGAAUCAGACUUGCCAGAAGAAACGCUGUUCAGCUUCAAAGUCUCGCUCCAGUUGUUGCCUCCAAAUUCGAAGAACUCAAAAAAUUGUCAGCUGUCAGAAGUGGAAAGGUUGACUCGAUCACUGGAAAGGUUUCCGAGAUCAAGGAAAUGAUUGCUGCCGCCAGAAAUGCUGCUAACAAGAUCAAGCUUGGAGCCCACUUCAAUCGUGGAUCAUCUCUCGACCUCAACAUCCCACAAAGAGUUACUCGAUCCGCCGCCCAUGCUGACAUCUCAUUCUAUUUCCGUACCGAAGAACAACACGGAAUUCCAUUCUUCUUCGGAAACGAGGAAACUGCUGUCGGAAGUCGUGCGGUGCCAACUGCCGAUUAUGUCGCUGCUGAAAUCGAAUACGGUCGCCUGAAGAUUACUGUAGAUUUGGGAGAUGCUCCAGCUGUUGUUAAAUUGGAGACUCUGGUUAACGAUGGAUUGUGGAGAAGAUUGAAUAUUGAGAGAAUCGGAAAGACUGUGAAUGCGACACUAUCCAAGCCAAACAGUGUUGAAACUGCAGAAACGAAGAGCUCAGUUGCCGGAGGAAAUAAGAGUGUGCUCAAUUUGAAUCAACAGAUUUCGAAGCUUUUCAUUGGAGGAAUUCCAACUACGGCAAGAGUAAGUGGUUUUUUUGCACAUUUAUUAACAAUCGCGUUCUCUUUUUCAGAUCUCCAAGGACUUCUUCAUGGAGAGCCAAUCGGACUCUGGAACACCAAAGAAAAGGGAAAUGUGAAUGUUGGUGGACCAAAGAUGACUGAUAACGCCGAUGAGCUCGUGAUUUCUUUGGACGGAGAAGGUUAUACAUCCUAUAAACCAAGUCACUGGAAUCCAAGAAAGGCCACCAAGAUCUCGCUCUCCUUCUUGACAUUCUCUCCACAAGGAUUGUUGUUCUUUGUCGGAAAGGAUAGAGAUUUCAUGUCUCUUGAACUCUUUGAUGGUUUGAUCAAGUUAUCCGUGGAUUUGGGAUCCGGAACCGAACAGUUCAUGACUGAGAACUCGAACUACAACGAUGGAAAAUGGCAUACCGUGUCGAUUGUUAGAGAGGAGAAACACGUCAAAAUCACUGUCGACGAGGAAGUCGUUGAAGGAGAUGUCCCAGGAAAGGAUUCCGAAAUGUCUGUCACCGAAUUCCUCUACAUUGGAGGUACACCAUCCGGAUUACCAGUUAGAACAACAAUGGUCCCACUUCGUGGAUGCAUCAAACAAGUGAAAUUGGGAUCAGAUGAAGUUGAUUUAGAGAACAGUCAUGCUUCGAAGGGAGUCAGAUCUGGAUGUCCACUCCACACCGUCCGUACUGUGUCUUUCUUGUCCGACAGAACCACUGCCGAGUUCAGCAAUGCCACUGAAUUCUCAGGGGAUGUUUCUGUGACCUUCAAGUUCAAGACCAGAUCCAUCCGUCAACCAUCUUCAGUCUUUACUGUCACCGAUGACGAAGACUCAGUUCUCAGCGCUACCAUCAACGAAGAUGGUAUUCUGACUGUCACCAGUGGAAACGAUGUGGCAACACUUGAAUUGGCUGCCUCUCCAGAUGAGAGGUGGCACUAUGUAUCCAUCAGAAAGACCGAUCACGUCAUCAGAAUCGACGCCGACGACUCAUUCUCAAAUGAAGUCGCCAGAAAGGAGCACGAUGAAUCGAAUCCCGAUGCCACCUACCUUUCCGCUUCAUUCGGAAAGUCUGGAGCGUUCCCAUCGUUUGUUGGAUGCAUCGGAGAUGUUACCCUUAAUGGAAAACUUUUGGACUUCAUCAAGGCAGAUAUCAAGGAGAUUUCUCUGAAUGGAUGCUCACUGAGUGAUGAUGAGAAUGUCGCCGCGACCACCACCACCACCACAUCUGCUCCAACUGAUUCAGAUAUUGCCGUGCUUCCAAACGAUGAUUCUGAAGAUGAGGAGACCACAACGACGACUACUACCUCUACUGAGGAGCCAACUGAGGAGCCAGCAGAAGUAAGCGUUUUUAGAAUCUUAGGUCACGCUUUAGAGAACUUGUAUCAUAAUUCCCAAACCUUGAAGAUGAAAGACCAGCCGAUUUACGUGCCACCGAACUCCAAACGAGAUUCGUCAUUCGAUUUCCCAGAUCAUUUUGAAUCUGUUGACCUAUCAGUGAGACCAGACGGUCACUGCAGUCUUCCGGAAGACGCUCUCGUUCAAUUCGAGGAUGCCGAAGGAUUCAAUUUCGGUACCCAACAACACAGCAGAAUCGAAUAUGACGUGCUUCCAGAUGCAUUUGAUAAGAGCGGUGAAUUCUCAUUCAAGAUCCGUCCAACAUCUGACAAUGGAGUCGUGUUCAUAGCUGGAAACAAGCGUACCGAGCAGAACAAGAACAAUGAUCAUAUCGCUGUGAUUCUUGAACAUGGACGUGUCAUCUUCACCUAUGACACUGGAUCCGGAAAGGUUGUCAUUAAAUCCGACAAGUCUAUCAUCGACGGACGUUGGCAUUCGAUCAAGGUCUCGAGACGUGGAAAGUCUGCUCAUUUGAUCGUCGACGAUGACUCGUAUGAAUCCGAAGGAGCCGCCAACCAGAACGAAGAUCUCAUUGAUACUCAACCUCCAUUCUACCUCGGAGGAGUCCCAUCUGAUUUUGCCAGCGUCGUGCGCAGUUUGGUUCCAGGAACCCGAUCUCAAUUCAGUGGAUGUAUCAAGGACUUCAGAUUGAAUGGAAAGAGUCUGAAUAACGGAAAAGAAUUCGGUACCGAGCAGUGCUCUCAGUUCAGUGAACCUGGAAUGUACUUCGGAAAGGAUGGAGGAUAUGCAAUUGUUCAAAAGGAUUAUGAAGUCGGACAUUCAUUCGGGUUGGAAGUCGAGAUUAGACCAAGAAUGAAGAACGGAGUCUUGUUCUCUGUCGGAGUUUUGGAUUAUGUUGCAGUGGAAUUCGUGAACGGAUCCAUUAAGACUACAGUCGGAAGUGCCAGUGGAAUGGAGGAUCUUUGGCAUCAUCCAACCAACGAGAAUGAGUAUUGUGAUGGACAAUGGCAAUCAUUCAAGGUAAACCAAUUGAAAAUCAUUGCUAAUUUUUUUAAAUCGAAAUUUCAGAUUGCCAAGAAGAAGAACUUGCUCACUGUCACUGUGAACGGAAAGGCACAAAUCAGAAUGAUGAAGAAGGCGAAGGAAGAGGUUCUUACGAAAGAUCCUCUUUACUUCGGAGGUCUUCCAGAAGGAAUCACAAAGAAUAAGGGAAUCACCACUGAUAAGCCAUUUGUCGGAUGUAUCAGAUUUAUUAGUUUCGGAUUGAAGAAGGAUCGUAAGAUGCUUCGUCGUAAGAAGGAGAUCAACACCGAGAGAUUCGAUGUCUACGGAGAUGUCAAUCGUCAUGGAUGCCCCGCUAUUUAA